AUGGCGGCACAGAUGCCAGUACCCGGCUGUACCCGACAUCCAGGGAUGGGGUUUUUGUAUGUGUGUAAAUCGUGUGAGGACGAGUUACUGUGUAUGGAAUGUGUAACAGACAGUCAUAAUGGUCACACACUAGGUAAACUUACUGAUUACGUGGCGGACCAGAAACGGGAAAUACAGCAGUAUGUUGACAAACUUUCCAAAACGGAUAUUCCUAAAAUUGAGGAAGAUAUUCAUGAAAGUGAGACAAACGGAGAAGAAUAUCAGAAAGUUAUCAGUGACAUUAAACGUCAGGGCAAAAAGCUGAAAGACAACAUCGAUAAUGCUAUUGACUUCUUAAUGAGGAUUUGUACUGAGCUAGAGACACUGAAUGCAAGUAUUUCUGAGGAAAAUAAAAUUGCACUAACCAAACAUCUUAGAGAGGACUUGAAGCCAAAAUUGGACAGAUGCCAGGAGGUACUGACAUCCGGUACAACCGUUGACGUCACUACAUUAGCGCAGGAAAUUAGGAAUUCAUCCACUGCAUCGCCCUCUAUCGGAACUUUGCAGACAGUGGAGUUCAAACCCGGGAUUAUUUCCACCGAACUCCUGGAACGUAUGCUUGGUAGGAUACUAGUGGGUGGAGAAGAUCAGUCAUGCAAACUCAUUCUGAAACCAGUGACUCUUAAUGAGUUUACUACAUCCUUUUAUUACGAUUCGUGUCGUACAUGUAAAGAUACUGGUAGCGAGGCAUGGGUAACCUACUCGGACAAUGUAUUCCGAAUGUCGUUAGACGGUACAGUGAAGGAAAAGAUCGAAUGUAAGGUUGGAGUCACCUCGAUCUCAGUAUCCCCAACCACGGGUAGGGUUUGGUUCUGUGUACGAACUGAUCGAAGUAUCCGUGAAUCUAAUAUCGAUGGUGAAAUUGUUAUUCAAUUUAACGUUACCAAGACCCCAUUUUCUUUGUGUGUCAAUAGCGAUGACAUGGUGGUGGUCGGGACGGCGGGAGAAAUACAACUGUAUACUACGGACGGCCAGGCAUUGUCAGCUGGAGCGGGCGGUCCUUGUCGACAGGUGGCAGUACUUCCCCGUCACAUGACAUCCUGUCCACAGACCGGGGAUGUAGCUGCCGUUGAUACCAAGGGCUAUAAUUACUACAUAGCUGAUAAGGAACCAGAAACACAACCGUGCGUCAUCGUGAUGGAUAAACACCUCAACCUGAAAUUUUCUUGCAUUGGUAUAACAACACCAAAUGUAAGUUCCAAUCAGUUAUCAAAGUUUUACCCGUGCGAUGUUUGCUUUGAUGCCGCUGGUGAUGUCCUAGUAGCAGAUGCUGUCACCAAGUCAGUACUACUGAUUGAUGGUAAUACUGGACGCUGUAUGAGGACUGUUUAUACGUGUGAUGAAUGUGUACCCAAAUGUAUCAGUCUACACGAGGACGGUACCUUCUGGAUCGGACACAAGGAUACAACGAUUAAGGUACUCCAAUACAAAUAA